AUGAAUGAGGAAUCGAUUGAGAGCAAAAUGCAUCAGCACAACUAUUUGAGACCUUGCGCAGUUUGUGGGGAUACACCGGCUAAGGUGAGUUCGACUUAGCAUAACUGCGAAAAAAAAACAUGACAUAAAAUUGUCUGGACCUUGAGAAAAGUUCCACAUUUUUUUAAAUUUUGAACUUUUUUCCCUGGCUUUGUGGUUACCUUUUUUCAUUUAAAGCUAGGAUUCACACCUUACAUUCUUAAAUUUUCAGAUUCACUACGGUGUGUUGGCAUGUUUUGGUUGUAAAGGAUUUUUCCGUCGUGCUGUCAAAGAUGGCAGGAACAAAUAUGUUUGUCGAUUCGAAAAAUCAUGUGAAGUGAAUAAAUGUGAGCUAUGACGUGGCAAACAAAGAAGUAACUAUCAAAAUUUUUUUAUUUACAGCCGAACGAAAUGCUUGCCGAUAUUGUCGAUUCAGAAAAUGUCUUUUGGUUGGAAUGAAUCCGGAUUGUAAGUUUAAAAAAAAAACUUGUAUCUCUCCCUAACAACCAAACCGAAAUUUCUAGAUGUUCGUCCUGAUCGUGAAAAAUGUAAGAAAACCAAAUCUUUACUGUCAAAAAAGAAAUCGCUCACAAGAAGCAUGUCAAACCGCCUGCAAGAUCCAUCAGAUUGGACUUCAUUUCUAUCACCAACACAUCGUAAAAUGCUAUCAGAGUUGGCAAAAAUCGACAAUGAGACUCAAAGUUUGGAUAAGAAUAUUGAAGGAAUCGCCGACUUCAAUUUGAAGGCUCUGAUUGCUGACAGAGCGCUUGCCAGAAAUUCAACUAUUCUGGAUAAUAUUUCGCCAUCUCGCAGUGAUGCCGAUAAUUUUUUGUCAAUUUUUCAAAUUGUUCAAGUCAUCGACUAUGUUGAUCGAUAUCUUGGUUUGAUUGAAGAUGUUGAGGGAAGAAAAUUUAGUGUGGAGGAUAAAUGUGCAUUGAUUAGUAAUUCAAUGAUUCCGUGUCUUUUGUUAGAUUCCAUUGCAAGACAUACAACAAAAGGGCCAAAUGGGUUAGAAGAUUUCAAACAGUCUUUCAAUCUUCUUCCACUGUAAGAAAUCAUUUUUUCUCUCAAAAUCCUGGCAACCCUGGUUUUUUCAGCGAUAUAACUCAAAUAACCCACAAAUUACGAGAUGUUUUCGAAUCGUUCACCAAAAAACCGCCAUCACUUGUCGAAUAUUCAAUCGUAAAAGCUUAUAUAAUCUCAACUUCUGAAAGUACAAUUCUAUCAAAUUGGCUAAACCAAAGUUUGACGCAAGAACGAGAUAAUUUAUCUGAACUCUUGUUCAAGGUUAUAAAAUCGAGUCGGAGUAAAACAUCAAUGCAUUCAGCGAGUUAUAUGAGUUCACUGAUUCAUUUUCUCAAUGAAACUAGAGUGAGUGAACAAUUUCUUCUUGAAAAAAUCAUUCCAAAUUUUUAAAAAUUCAGAACUUAUCUACAACAAUUCGUCAAUAUUUGAGUCCAUCAUUUUCCCGCAUCGAAAAUCCGCCACCAGUUCCAUUUUAUAAAAUUCUAGUGGAUAUUAUAAAUCCAGAAGUAUUGGAUUUACUAGUGACAACAAGGAAGAAUAUUCAAUUUUCACCUCCCGAUCUUUCUCCUCUGCCACUUUCUCUUCCACCACCUCAAACACAUCAUUUCCUUGCUCAUCAAAACUUCGACAUGAAUUAUUCUCCAGAAGUUUAUCGACCCAAUAAUUUGCAAUUCCCAAAACUUCCUCUACAAAUCACAAAAUCGAUUGAGGAAAUUCUUCGACCUCCGGGAAUGUUAGAAGAUCCAAAUAUUCUCAACAAACCAUUGGCGCGCGAUUGGGCUGAUGGAAUUCGUCUAACACCGGUAUUCAACAGGGACAUUGUUGCUCAAUUUUUCCCCGAAUUUACACAAACUAACCAUUUUGGAGGAUCCCAAUAA